AUGACGACCGACGACACGGGGUUUACCUCCCACGACCAUAAGGCUGCGGACAAGCCCUUCGAUGAGAAGGCCCCCCAUGAGACCACUGUGGCCGUCAUGGUCCCAGAUGACCACCAGUAUCUUACCCCGACCGAGGAGGAGUUUGUUACCCUCCGUCGUGUGCCUGCUGCCAUGCCUCUCGUGGCCAUCCUCAUGUGCUUUGUCGAAUUUACCGAGCGCGCCUCAUACUAUGGCUGCUCGGGUCCAUUCAACAACUUUAUCAACAAGCCUCUGCCCGCUGGUGGCUCUGGCACUGGCGCGGUCGCCAAGGGCCCUGCUGGCACUAACCAGUCUGCUGGUGCUCUUGGGCUUGGGUCUGUUCCUGCUUCGGCCCUCGUCAAGAUGUUUACGUUCCUUGCGUACAUCAUCCCCAUUUUCGGUGGCAUCAUCGCCGACACGAAAUGGGGUCGCUUCAAGACCAUUUGCGUCGGCACCGCCAUUGGUGGUAUCGCCCACGUUCUUCUCGUCAUCCCUGCCAUCCCGGCUGUCAUCCAACGCCCCGAUGGCUCGCUUGGAGCGUUCAUCAUCUCGAUCAUCAUUCUUGCGUUUGCCACUGGCUUCAUUAAGCCCUCGCUUGGACCUCUUCUCUGUGACCAGUCGCCCGUGAAGGUACCGACAAUCUCGCAUACCAAACAGGGCGAGAGGGUCAUUGUCGACCCGACAUUGACCGUUGAGCGCUACCUCCUGUUCUUCUACGGCGCAAUCAACGUCGGCUCGUGUUUCCAGCUUGCCACGCAGUACGCUGAGCGCCUUGUGGGAUUCUGGCUUGCCUAUCUGUUGCCUGGAGUCCUGUAUUGCUGUCUCCCCCUUCUUCUCAUUUGGCUCAGCCCACGUCUCGUCAAGAUUCCCCCCCAAGGAACAGUCGUUCCUGAUGUCUGGCGCGCCUUCAAGAUGUGCUGCAAGGACGGUGGCUGGCGCAGGAUGGGCCGUGGAGGUGACUCCUUCUGGGACAAGGCCAAGCCGUCAAAGGUGAUGGAGAGCGGCCAAGUGGAGCGUCUGCCCAACAUUCACUGGGACGACGCGUUUGUGGAUGAGAUUCGCCAGACGUUCUCUGCUUGCAUCACCUUCCUUCUCAUUCCCAUCUUCACGCUCGCCAAUGGCGGCAUGGGAAACCAGCUCAACGACAUGUCCGUCGCCAUGACCCUCAACGGCGUUCCCAACGACCUGCUCAGCACGUUCAACGCCAUCACCAUCAUCGCGUUUACCCCCAUUAUUACCUACGGGUUCUACCCGCUCAUGGAGAAGAUGGGCUAUCCUAUCCGUCCCAUGAUGCGCAUGUGUAUCGGAUUCCUGCUCUCCACUGUGGGCUGUAUCUUUGCCGCCGUCAUCCAGGACCGGGUGUACAAGACCUCCCCCUGCGGCAGGUACGCCACGACCUGUGACGAGGUGUCGCCCGUCUCGCUCUGGUGGCAGCUUCCUCCCAUCUUCUUCCCAGCUGUCGGCGAGCUCUUUGUGAACGUCACCUCGUUUGAACUCGCGUACACUCGCUCCCCUCACCGCAUGAAGGGUCUGGUGUUUGCUCUCGCGCUCUCCAACUCGGCCGUUGCCUCUGCAAUCUCCAUGGCAUGCUCCAAGGCCAUUGCCGACCCCAACCUCGUCAUCCCCUGGAUUGUACUUGCUGUCGCUUCUGCCCUCUGCGCAAUCCUGUUCCCGACGUACUUCAAGAACCUCGAUGACUUUGACUUCCAGUGGAGCACGGAGGAGAGGGAUGCCAUCGAGGCUCGUAAGACGCAGCCAAAGGACAUCGAGGAUAGCGACAAGUACUAG